AUGACUGAAUUCUCCUCGUUUCGCAGAACAGCGUGGGAUCCAAUUCUGAUUCUCUCGCAAAUAGCCACGCUGCAAUGCUUCGGCUACAGCACGUACUCGUUCUGCAUGGUAAUAUCCAGUUUCCUGACGGAUAUCGCGCUCUCGCCAGCGCUGCUGUUCGACAGCACGCUGGUGCGCGGCGACACCGUGCAGGGCUGGGUGAUCGGCCUGGCACUAGUUGGCAUCGGCCUCGCUAACAUCCUGCCCUUUAACUUUUCUUUGACCUUCUACACGAUCCACCUGGCGCUCGCGUGGUGGUACCAGGGCGAGCUGCCCAAGACGCUAUUGUGGUGGGCAGCGGUGGGCCUGUCCGGGUGCAUAAUGGCGUUUGUGGGGCGGGCGGCGUGCCUGCGGAGAGAACUGCUGCCGAUUGCGAUUAGGAACUUUAUGCCGGACCAUCCGAGCGAGCGGCGGGAGGCGGAUGAGGAGAUGGAGAUGGAGACCAGGGUCGAGCCAGAGGUCCUGUAUGAGGCGGAUGCGCAGAUGGACGAUGCGGGCAGCGAUGACUGGGGCAACGACAACUGGGGAAAUGAGGACGAUGACGACGUAUCUGCUGCGAAUGUGCAGGGAUCCAGGCCGCGCACAAACACGCAGCAGGCUGCUGAGGGCGCUGCUCUGCUCAAUCCCAACAAGGGCGACAAGGACCGUUGA